UAGCAAAAGAUUAUGAAAUGAGGAAGAUGUUUAAAAAAUAUCUGGAUGAUGGACCAAUAAAUAUUAGAGAGGCCUUCUAUGGGGGAAGAACUGGUCCCUUGAAGUUAUACCACAAGGCUGAGGAUGGACAAAAAAUUUCUUACUACGAUGUCACCUCCCUUUACCCAUUUAUCAACGUCUCAACUCGAUAUCCUGUUGGGCAUCCAGAAGUCCACGUCAUCAAUAUGGAUGUCAAUUGGACCAAACCUGAAGACAACACUUACAACACUGCUCUUUUAAAAUUAUUCGUCAUACCACCGAGAAGUAUUGACGUUCCUGUUUUACCAAUGAAAAUUGGGGAAGACGACGAUGAACGAUUACUAUUUCCCCUGUGUUCUACUUGUGCAAAAGAGUACCCUAAAGGUGAUGUCAACGAAAACUACAGCUGCCCCCACACUAAUAAACAGCGAGGGUGGGUCAGCACAUGUACGUCUAUUGAGAUAAACGAAGCCCUCAAGGAGGGGUAUGUGGUGACCAAACUAUUUAGAGUAUUGGAAUUUAAAGACUACGACGACAAACUGUUCAGACCCUACAUUAGUGAAUUUAUGACC